AUGUCCUCCAACACAGCCGUCACCAGCAACUACUCCUCCUCAGUGCUGUACUUCACCCCAAAGCCAGAGGACCAUGGCACCACCCUCGGAUCACCCGCCAGGCUGCUCAAUUUCUCAUGUUCCUUGGAGAAGACACUGCAGUGCAGCUGUUCCUUCCAUGGGCUCCCCACACCCUCCAUGCAGUGGUGGAUGGGAGAUGUUCCUGUGGGUGUGGACAGCAUGGAUAACAUCCUCCAGGUGACUUCCACCAUAUUUGCACCGUGGGCCAACAGCACCAUCAGCCUAUUUGGAGAGCCAGAAAUAGUCAUGAGGCUUCACUGUGAGGGGAAGAAUCAAUAUGGAACUCACACUGCAAGCAUCUUCCUGAUACCAAAUAAGAAUUCAGUUUCCGGUGUGUUCAUGAAGGGGUUGAUCCAGGGCAUUGUGUACGGAGCCAUUGCAUCAGCACUGCUCUUCUUCUUCCUCGUCCUCGUUGUGUGA